AUGGCUUCUUCAUCUUCAUCUUACGACAUAUUCCCAAGUUUCAGAGGCAAAGACGUCCGACAAACUUUUCUCAGCCACUUGCUCAACGAGUUCCAGCACCGGAAGAUCAUAUCAUUCGUGGACAAUGGAAUCAACAGCAAAUCGAUUCAUCCAGAGCUUAUACGAGCGAUUAAGGCAUCGAGAAUCUCAAUCGUCAUUCUAUCGAAGAACUACGCUUCUUCGAGCUGGUGCUUAAACGAACUGUUGGAGAUCAUGGAGUGCAAAGAUUCCCAAGAGCAGAUGGUGAUGACAGUUUUCUACGAUGUGGAUCCGUCUCAUGUACGGUACCAGAUCGGAGAUUUUGGGAAGGGCUUCGAGAGAGAGAAGUUGUUUGGGGAAAACACAUGA